AUGGCUAUGACCAAUGAUGAGCUUGAUAAAGAGCUGCUUCACUCUCAAGCUCACAUAUGGCACCACAUAUUCAACUUCAUGAAGUCAAUGUCACUAAAAUGUGCAGUUCAACUUGGCAUAGCAGACAUCAUCCACCAGCAUGGCCAACCCAUGACUCUCUCUGAGCUUGUUGCAGUGCUCAAAAUCAACAAGGCCAAAACAUGGUCUGUCUAUCACCUCAUGCGCAUACUAGUUCACUCUGGCUUCUUGGUGAAGCAGAAGGUAUCCGAAAAUGACGAAGAAGAUGGUUAUCUGCUGACACCCGCUUCUCGACGACUCCUCAAGGACAAGCCAUUGAGUGUGAGACCAUUUUUGCUAGCCAUGCUUGAUCCUAUUUUUACAGAGCCAUGGCAUUAUGUUAGCCAAUGGUUCCAUAAUGACAAUCCCACACCGUUUGACACGGCUCAUGGGAAGACAAUCUUGGAGUAUGUAACCCAUGAACCAAAGCUUAACAAUUUAUUCAAUGAUGCCAUGGCUAGUGAUUCCCGAUUGGUCGCGAGUGUGGUUAUUAAAGAUUGUAAGGUGGUUUUUGAGGGGUUGAAUUCAAUAGUUGAUGUGGGGGGUGGCACAGGGACUGUCGCUAAAGCCAUCGCCGAUGGGUUCCCACAUCUGCACUGCACUGUGAUUGAUUUACCUCAUGUGGUUGCUGGCUUGCAAGGGACUAACAACUUUAACUAUGUUGGUGGUAACAUGUUUGAGGCAAUUCCUCCUGCUGAUGCUGCUCUGUUAAAGUGGGUAUUGCAUGAUUGGAGCGACGAAGAGAGCGUGAAGAUACUGAAAAAAUGCAAAGAAGCAAUUCCGAGCAAGGACAAGGGUGGAAAGGUGAUUAUCAUAGAUAUGGUGGUGAAAGAUGAGAAAGGAGAUGAUGAAUCCAUGGAAACUCAGCUCUUAUUCGACAUGCUGAUGAUGGUUGUGGCCACCGGUAGGGAGCGAAAUGAGAAAGAAUGGGCAAAACUCUUCUUUGAUGCUGGUUUCAGUGACUACAAGAUAACCCCCAUACUGGGUUUGAGGCCUCUCAUUGAGGUUUAUCCUUGA